AUGUUUAGAUCCGUUUGUCGCAUUUCUUCCCGCGUGGCACCUUCUGCGUACCGCACUAUGAUGGGCCGUUCCGUUAUGACCAACACCAUACUCGCACAAAGAUUUUACUCUUCCAACUUGAGCAAGGAUCAGGUUUCCCAGAGAGUCAUUGAUGUUAUCAAGGCCUUUGACAAGAACUCUCCUAACAUUGCCAAUAAGCAGAUCUCCAGCGAUACUCAAUUUCACAAGGACUUGGGGUUGGACUCCUUGGACACUGUCGAGCUACUCGUAGCUAUUGAAGAAGAAUUCGACAUUGAAAUCCCCGACAAAGUGGCUGAUGACUUGAGAAGUGUUGGUGAAACUGUCGAUUAUAUCGCUUCCAAUCCCGACGCAAACUAA